UUUUGAUGGACUAUAUAAUGAAUGCAGUAUCAGAAAAAUAUUCAUUCUUGAUGCGUCAAAUUUCAGACUUGAAAUGAUGAAACUUGUGGUGAUAUUUCUUUGUGUUGCAUUGGCCUAUGCCUCAUUUGAAGAGGACUUCGAUGACGGGUCUGGUGGGCCUGAACCAAAAGAGUGUCUCGAAGCUUUAAGUGACUGCAGAAAGGAAGCAAGCAACAAAAGACAAAUAAGAAUAUGUACAUUCCAAUGGAACAAGUGUCUACAUAAAUGCGCGAAAGAUUGUCAUGAAGCGGCGGUUCAUUGUUUCCAAAAUGCUAAAAGAAGAAAACAUCGAAGAGCUUGCUAUAGAAAGAGUGCUGCUUGUGUACAUAACUGCAGAUUGUAGAAGAAAAGAUGUUGUGAAACUGUGA